AUGGCCGAAUCCGAACGCCGACGGAGGCGGCCCGCUGUCUCAUGCACACUGUGUCGGAGACGAAAAAUAAAAUGCAAUCGGGAAUCUCCAUGCAGCAAUUGUGUUCGUUCUAAGAACCCCCACUGCGAAUAUACAUCUCUAUCGCCGCCGCCCAGACGUUGGCGAGCGGCAGCUGGCCAGGCAGUUCAUGUUCAGCGAUUGUCUGAACCAAACACAUCUGAAUCCUCGAAUCUUGCCAGCAUUCCAUCCAGCACAUGUUCAGAAAGUACUUCAUCAAGUCGACAUUCAGUGUUGGCCGCCCCAACAUCAUCGACCAGCCCUUCUGCAUCAGCUAGCCUGGGAUCAACACGAGAGGUUGAGGCGCUAAGAAGACAGAUCAGGCAGCUUGAAGAGCAGCUGGUAAAGACGACACGCCAAUCAAUCACUUUUAAUCUCUCAACUCCGAGUAUUGACAGCCAAACAAUAACAACUUCGUCACGUCUUGCCGGAACAUUUCACAUGAAUGAAACUCCUUCCGAUGGUCAUACGCAACCCAUUUCACGGUUCGUGAUGCACAAGACUAGGAUCUUUGGGCAGAGUCACUGGAUGUCAGGCGUCGCCCAGUUUAGAGAUAUUCUUCUCAUGAUUGAUCCUAUCAUCAACGAGGAAAAUUCGAAAGCAGUAAUCGACAUGCAAAAGUGCAAACACCUAGGCAAGAUAAUCAAGGAACGACGAAAGCCCCCAUGGCCCACACCUCUGACCUCGGACUUGCCACCGAAGGAAUUGGCAGAUUCACUGGUGGAUAUCUACCUGCGAACGACAGAGACUAUUUAUCGAGUUUUUCACAUUCCAACGUUCAAACGGGACUAUGAAUCUGUCUGGUCGGCUGGAAGAUCGCCUGAUUCUGCAUUCCUGGUUCAGUUGAAACUCACAUUGGCCAUAGGAGCGACAAUGUACGAUGACCGCUUCACCUUACGGCGUUCUGCUAUUCGGUGGGUUCACGAGGCACAGACCUGGAUCUCAGAGCCGGAGUUCAAAUCCAGAUUGCAUAUUCAAUUUCUCCAAACUCAGAUCUUACUAUUGCUGGCACGUGAAAUUGUAGGUGUUGAGGGAAGUUUUAUCUGGGUUUCCGCCGGGGAGCUCAUUCGAAAUGCCAUGUAUAUGGGCCUCCACCGAGACCCGGAACAUCUUCCUCAAGGGACAAAAUUUGUAUCCGAAGUUCGCAGAAGAAUCUGGAAUACUGUAUUGGAACUUGCACUUUAUUCCAGCAUGGAGUCUGGCGGACCGCCACUUCUCUCGCUACAAGAUUUCGACACCCACCCACCGCAGAAUCUUGACGACGAGCAAAUCAUGCUUGAAAAUCCUUUGCUAAAUACGGAGCAGUCAUUCACGGAUAUGUCAACUUCGCUGGCUCUCAGAAAGAUGUUCCCAACUCGACUCGCGAUUGUGAAACGCUUAAAUGGGAUCAGUGACCAUAGUGAAUAUGCAGAAACUCUCCGACUGGACGCAGAGCUACGGGUGUCUUAUAAGAAUGCCUGCAAGCAUAUACAAGCUCACAACGAUGAAAGUGCAGCCUCGCCAUCACCAUUCCAGAGGAAGAUACUCGACUUUACCCUGCGUCGUUAUCUUGUCGCACUUCACUCACCUUACUUUCGCGCAUCACAGCAUGAGACGGUAUACGCAUUUUCAAGACAAGUCAUAGUUGAAAGCUCCCUAAAGAUGUGGAAUUACGUUUCCCAACGGGUGCCCACGGAGCCGAGCGUCCAGGAUUGCGAUGAUUUCCGGCGAAUGGCACUCUGUGCUGACGGGAGUCUGCAUUCAUGCGCCGCACAAGUCUACUUCAUGAUAGCUUCUGAUCUGAGGGCUCAGCUAGAAGAGGAGGAAGGUCUCGGCCCUGUCACCCUCAGGCAAGAUUUGCUGUCCGUUGUAACUGACUGCAAGUCGUGGUCUUUGGAAUCCGUACGAGCGGGCGAGACAAAUGGCAAGGGGUAUAUGUUUAUUUCAAUGGUUUCAACCCUGUUAGACGGGCUCAUGCGGGGGUUGCCAAAGGAUCAGUUGAGCCGAAUGCUCGUGGCUAGCGCCGAGGAGGCGCUUGCCAGCUGCAUUGAAGUGUUUGAGACGUCGCUCAAUGAAGGGUCAGACGAUACCGGAACUUCGUUGGAUGAUAUGACCGAUCUUACAUCAUUUUCUUCAGCGGACCUCUUAGGAGACUGGGGAUUCAUGGGCCAGCAGAAUCAAUUCGACUUUGGAGUUACCGAGCCGAUGAAUUGGGUAUACACCGGAUAUACCUAA